ACUGGGCUAUGAAAUAUUUGCCACAGACAUUUAGAGAAACUCAGAGUGAAUGGUAUGGAAAGCAAGGGAUCAGUUGGCAUGUUUCAUGUGUACUCUUACGAAGAAAUGAUGCAGAAGAUGAUGAAUCAGUGGACAUCCUUUCUUAUGUGCACCUUCUUCAACAUGGCACACAGGGUUGGUUCACAGUUUCAAAAAUCCUGAUCCACAUUUUGCAGAUGCUUCAUGAGAGUCACCCACAUUUGAAAGAAGUUUAUUUGCGCUCUGAUUAUGCAGGAUGCUAUCACUGUCUUCCCCUUCUGACAUGCCUCUGGAAAUUAAGGAACAACAUGCAUGUAACGAUCAGAGAAUAUAACUUCAGUGAAGCCCAGUUAGGAAAAGAUUUGUGCGACUCUCGCACAGGAAGUUGUAGAAUGCACAUCUUGAAUUACAUCAAUGAAGGCAAUGAUGUUACAAAUGUGUACGAGAUGAAAGAUGCACUUGAGAGUCAUGGGGGAGUCCGGAAUACAUUAACUUCCAUAAUUGAUGUGGACAUGAACACCCAGCCUUUACUAUCUGGUCAACUGAAGAUUGCCAUAAGUCAGUACAACAACUUCAUCUUUAAGGACAAUGGUAUUUUGGCAUUCAAGUCUUAUGGUUUUGGAGAGCAAUUUAUUUCAUCUGAAAAGCUUGAAGCAGUUACAAAAAAUAUGGUGGACAUCCCAGAAGCUGUGAUUGUUGCAAACCCAAAGCCACCCUCUGAGAAGACAAGACAAAGAAAAUCUACAAGUCGUUUACUGUCAUGUUGUGAUCCUGACUGUGUAAAAGAGUUCAGAAAGGAGAAUCAACUGCUUAACCACCUAGCAGUUGGUAAUCAUGUUUAUGACAAUGAAAAGACCGACAACAUACUGGACACUUCAAAGAGAAUGUGGGCAGAAGUAUGCACCAAAAUCAGAUCUACUCAGCCCAGUGUCAGUGUGGAAACAUGUGAUAUUAACCCUGCUGAUGAAGUCUCGUAUGAGACACCGGCAUACGCACUGAAGCAGCGGAAGAAAAAUACAAGGUUUUCAAGUAAGGUGAAAAAGUAUUUGCUUGAGAUUUAUGAUGAAGGAGAGAAAACCGGCCGAAAAGCCAAUCCAUACACUGUAAGCAGACAGAUGCGAUCUGAAAAAGACUUUGAUGGGGAGAGACUUUUUAGCCCAAGUGAAUGGUUGACACACCAACAAAUCAGAGGUGUUUUUGUAGGUUUUGUUUUAAAAAAACAAAGAAUGCUAAGCUGUACUUCCCAAACAAAGCGCUUGAAGUUGGAGGAGGUCAACGAUGAGCAGGAUGUCGAAAUACUCGAAAAUAUCAUAAGUAGUCUUCAGGCAGCAGAACAAUUUGAUAGUGUCCAAGCAAUAGCCAAUGAACUAGCGGAAUAAAUGGCUGUCAC